CAGGGCUGUUCCUCAUCUCCGGCUUUCCCCUCACACAGCCCGGGGUCCCUGAGAGCGCGGGCCGAGGCUGCUGAGCCGGGUGUACAGCCCGCCCGUCGCUGCCAUUGGCUGAUUCUGCCGUCACUCCUCGUUCCUGUGCGCUGAUUGGGCAGAGCGCCGACUCCCCGAACCCCCGCAGAACCGAGCGCGGCUCCCACCUGCGCUGGGGCCGCCUCCGAGCUCCGCCGCCGCCUCACCCGGCUCCGGCCGCUGCCGCCGCUCCCGGGCCGCACAGACGCUCCAAUAAUGGCGCCUUUGCUGCAGGGGCCGGGCUUGUCCACGCUCUGCCCAAUCAGCGCGUCAGGACAACGAGUGACACCAGAAUCAGCCAAUCGCAGCGAGGGGCGGGCUCUGCACACGGCACGGGCUCCCCUCCCUUUCCCCGGGCUCCGCCAUUUCUCGGAAACCUCGCCUGAGGAGCGGCUCCCGCGCUGGGCCCGGCCCGGGCAUCGGGCCAAGGAACCGCUGCUGCCCUGAACCGGCGGGAGCUCGGGGCAUGGGCGGAUGGAGGAGGAGGAAAAGCCCCAGAGAUCCCUCAGGAUGGGCUGCAAACCCAGCCCUGGGAGCUGCGAGGAGGAAAGACCCUCCCUGAGCCGGGAAGGCGGCCGGAGAUCCAGGCAGAGCUCAGAGCUGGUGGAGAAUCCUCAUGGAGGGCAGAAGGCCCACAAGUGCCUGGAAUGUGGGAAGGGUUUCAGCUACAGGUCUGACCUGAUCCAGCACCAGAUGGUCCACACUAGGGAAAAGCCCAACAAGUGUGGGAAAUGUGGGAAGAGUUUCAGGACAAUAUCUGAUCUGAUGUGGCACCAGGUGGUCCACACAGAGGAGCGGCCCUACACCUGCUUGGAAUGUGGGAAGAGCUUUGGGUGGAUUUCCACCCUGAGGAGCCACCAGCACAUCCACACCAGGGAGAGGCCCUACCAGUGUCGUGAGUGUGGGAAGAGGUUUCAGACCAGCUCCAAUCUUCUCCUACAUGAGCGGAUUCACACAGAGGAGAGGCCCUUCUGCUGCCCUGACUGCAAGAAGGGAUUCAGCCGCAACUCCACCCUCAUUGUCCACCAGUGCAUCCACACCGGGGGAGAGGCCCUAUGAGUGUGGGGAGUGUGGGAAGAGCUUCUCACAGAGCUCAGUCUUGACCCAACACCAACGGAGGCACCACUAAGGGAAGCCCUGUGAGUGCUCCGAGUGUGGGAAGAGCUUCGUGCUCUGCUCCAGCUCCAUCCCCCAUGAGAGGAUCUGUGUUGGAUGAUCCCCAGUGACCCCUGUUGGGCAGAGCCCUGGUGAUCUGUUUUAGGUGGGGGGAAGGGGUUGGAGAGAUUUCUUGCGCUUCUUCUCUUACUCUUGUUAUUUGGUUGGUAAUAAAUUCCCUCCCUGUGCCCAG